CUCAGUCCACUGCGUUCAUUUCAUUCCUGCUCCCAUUCCGCGCAUAUUUCGCAUCCUUGGAGAGACGCUGCGCAUUUUACGCACUCAGCGCGCCCGAUCCUUCACCAAACCCAAACCGCGAGGACACUCUGGAGUUGGCGGAGUGCUUCCCGAUGCUGUAGCGACUCCGAUCCGUGGAAAAGUGUGGGAAUUAUUCCAUAAAGAGGCGUAUGAAUCGAGGGUUCCUGCUGUCUGUUGGAUUUGGACCAGCUUGCUGAGUUGUCUACAGGCUACCAGCUACUUUAGUAUUGGUAGUUAGCAAUUGGGAUUACCAUUGUUGAAGCAGCAGCUAGCAUUGGCAUUCAGUUUCUAGUAGUCCGUAGUUGGCUGUCCUCAUUGGGAGUUCAUUAUUGCCAUUAGUAUUACGUCAGCUUGAAGUUACCAUUAGCUUUUUAUCACAUCACCUACUUAGCGUCAAACCAUUAGCAUUAGCGCCGAGUACACGUUGGCGAGUUAGUGUUAGCUGCCGGUAUGGAACGCAGUAGCUGGAGCGGCAGCGAGAGUCCAGGGGACGACAUGGAAAGACUGAGUGACUCAGGAGGGGACAAAACCAUGGACGGGGACCCUGAGGGGGUCUGGAGCCCCGACAUUGAGCAGAGCUUCCAGGAGGCCCUGGCCAUCUACCCGCCCUGUGGAAGGAGGAAGAUUAUACUGUCAGAUGAAGGAAAGAUGUACGGUCGAAAUGAGCUGAUAGCCAGAUACAUCAAGCUCCGAACAGGCAAGACGCGGACAAGGAAACAGGUAUCCAGUCAUAUCCAGGUUUUAGCCAGAAGAAAGUCCAGGGAAUUUCAAUCCAAACUAAAGGACCAGAAUGCCAAGGAGAAGGCUCUGCAGAGCAUCUCCUCCAUGUCCUCGGCUCAGAUCGUUUCAGCCACCGCCAUACACAGCAAGCUCCUGCCUGGAAUAGUGCGGGCCAGCUUCCCCAGCAACGCACAGUUGUGGCAAGGCAUGAUUCCUGGAGGACAGUCUAGCUCCACCACAGAAGACAUCAAGCCGUUCUCUCAGCAAGCCUACUCUGUGCAGACAGCAGGGACCACCACAAUCUCAGGCUACGAGCCUCCCACUGCAGCCCAAACACACAGAGAGCCAGCCUGGCAGGGUCGCUCCAUCGGCACCACCAAACUACGACUGGUAGAGUUUUCAUCUUUCCUGGAGACACAGAGGGACCAGGAGGCAUACAACAAGCACCUGUUUGUGAACAUCAGCCAGAGCAGCCCGAGCUACAGCGACCCCCUGCUGGAGUGUGUGGACAUCAGGCAGAUCUACGACAAGUUCCCCGAAAAGAAGGGCGGCCUCAAGGAGCUGUUUGGCAAGGGCCCGCAAAACUCUUUCUACCUGAUCAAGUUCUGGGCGGACCUGACUUAUAAUGUGCAGGACGACCCAGCAGCCUUCUACGGUGUCACCAGCCAGUAUGAGAGCUCGGAGAACAUGACCAUCACCUGCUCCACCAAGGUCUGCUCUUUCGGCAAGCAGGUGGUCGAGAAGGUGGAGACGGAGUAUGCAAGGUUUGAAAACGGGCGCUUCAUCUACAGAAUCAGUCGCUCUCCAAUGUGUGAAUACAUGAUCAACUUCAUCCACAAGCUCAAACACCUGCCUGAGAAAUACAUGAUGAACAGUGUGCUGGAGAACUUCACUAUUCUGCUGGUUGUGAGCAACAGAGACACUCAGGAGACCUUGCUGUGUAUGGCGUGUGUGUUUGAAGUGUCCAACAAUGAGCACGGAGCUCAGCACCACAUCUAUCGACUUGUCAAAGAAUAACACACACACACUCACACACACACACACACGCACACACACACACACACACACACACACACACACACACACGCACACACACACACACACACACACACACACACACGGCCUUUGCUUGGUGAUUAACGGUGACAUUGGAGGUAAACUGUCUAAAAACUGAAUUCUGCAAAAGUGUCUUUCAGCCAAACAACUCGACUUAGUGAAGAAGAAAAUGGCUUCGUUUUCAACAAUAAUUGGAUCAUUUUUAAUUUAACAUCAGAUGUGAUGCAGAAUGCUGCAGAAUCCGCCUCAGCAGGAGUAUUUCCACACAUAACUCCAACCCCAAUAUCAGAUGUUCAUUAGCUGUAAAAAGCAUGAUGAAACACACCAGAAUGGACCUGGGUGGUUUUCCCACAAACAUCUUGACUGGGAUAUCACCUGAAGAUGUCACGUCUACUGCUAAUUGGUUUCUUCUCUUCUUUCUCCCAGGAAAGUUCUAGUUUUCUGUAGUUGGAAAUGAAAGCGGUACUUCUGUCAUGCGCUUUUGGGAAAGUCACCCAGGGAUGAAAAAAAAAGUAUCUCACAAUCCCCCCCCCCCCCCCCCCCCCCGCCAUGUGACAAGUGUGUGUGUUAUCUGCCAACAUACUGACGGACACUGAAGGUCAGACCCUGUGUAUCAUCAAUAACACCACUGCAUUCUCAUAUAGUACAGUAGAGAGGUGGUUUUGUACAGAUAGCCACUGCAAGUUGUGUGAGCUGCAUUCUUGCACAAAAAGAGGUUUGUUCCCAAAGAAAAGAAAUCAAAUUUCUACCUUUUUGUAUGUUUUCUUUAAAAAAAAAAAAAAGAAUAGCUUAUAGACUAUAUUUUAAUUCCAGGAACACUAUCUAAAAUGUAUGUUAAUAAGAACGUAUAAGUGAAAUUGAACAAUUCAGGUACCUUUUC